UUUGAUCUGUGUUGCUUCGAGUUUUUACAUCGGGUCUUAUCCCAGACAAAUCGCGACAACAAAGGAAUCUAAGACGUUUGGCAAAAGGGAGGAAACUUCCACCUGGAACCUCACUAUCCUGUCAGCCGCUGGUCAUGGGGGACAUCCAGAAAGGGAAGAAGGUAUUUGUCAAGAAAUGUUCCCAGUGUCACACAGUGGAAGAGGGGGGACGCCACAAGGUGGGACCCAACCUGUGGGGUCUGUUCGGGAGGAAGACGGGUCAGGCGUCCGGCUUCUCCUACACAAAGGCCAACAUUGAGAAAGGUAUCAUAUGGGACGAGAAAACACUGAAUGUCUACCUCGAAAACCCAAAGAAGUACAUUCCUGGCACCAAGAUGGUCUUCUCUGGGAUCAGGAAGAAAAAGGAGAGACAGGAUAUUAUAGCUUAUUUAAAGGAUGCCACCUCCUAGAAAUACUGUAGAACAAUCGUGCAGCUGCAGACCGCGGCAAUACACUGUACCUUUACAGUUUUGGUUUUAUUUCUGGGACUACCUUUUGUUGCAUUACAACUUUGUUCACAUGGAGACUGUUUUUAAUUAUCAUUGCUCCAGUCACUUCUCAGUCGGGGCUUCUUAAAGAGGCAGACUUCCUCUGGGCUUUUCUAAAAGCUGUCGUUUACUAAUGAAACCUACUGCUACUUGCACAGAAACAAUUUGGUUUCACACACUUAGCAUCUUCGCCACUUUAAAUCCUACUUCUUACUAUAACUGUAAUGGUAAUUGUUAUAGGGUUAUGUUUGUAUGUGUAUUACUUGUUGGGUCUCUUUCUGUUUAUAAGUGGUUUUAUACUUGGGUAAAUUUUAAAAGGUUUUAGCGUUUUGGUCACAAGCUGUAGCUGACCCCAAAAUCUCUUGGAUUUUGUUUGUGUGUGUCUGAAGGAUGAUAUUGGCAUGUUAGAGCCAAGUGUUAGUCGAAAAGAGGAGCAGCAAGGAGAAAAAGCUGUAACACCGGGGUGUUCGCCUGGACCACCCGGACCUCCAGGACCCCGGGGACCAGACGUAAGGCUGUGUUUCAAAAUAAAAUACCACACACUGUAGAUUUCAAAGCAGAAGUCAGUGUCCUGCAGCUCAUGAAAAUGUUGUCAAUGAAUAUACAAUGUGAUGUUAAUGUGCAUUUGUAAUUUGUGAUAGUUUUUGGUUACACUACAUUUAAAUAAAAAUAUA